AUGACCCUCCUCCCAACCGGUCUUGCUCUUUUGCUGUGCGUGCUGGUGGCUGCCGGCUCUCAUAAUCCGCUCCUCUUCAGCGAGUUCAACGCGCAGGCGCGUAACGUCACCCUGUACCGUCUGGACAACACCGCGCAGACCUACAACGACGUCAAGCUGGUCGCCGGCCUGCCCAACAUCUUGGGCUCCGGAGUCACCGCCUGUAACGCCAAGACCUGCUUCGUGGCGCCCCUCAGCCCCAGUACCGGUCCCGUCGUCUUCUCCAUCGACCUCGCCACCAAGGCCGUCGGGUAUUUGGUAGUGCCGCUGGCGCCUCCGCCUUAUGCGGCGUCGGCGGCGGCGUCGGAGGAGCACUUCUUCCUGGCCACUGCCUCGAGCACCAACGACAUGGUGGCGGCGGUGCGCCUGGCCGACGGCGCGCUGGCCUGGACCGCCUACCUGACCCUCCCGCCCUUGGCCGUGGUGCCCAUCAUCGGUCGCGGCCUGAUGGUGGUCGGCGACGCAGGGCUCUCCGAUUCGAAGCGCGUCCUGAUCGGCGAGCUGUACGAUCUGAAGAGCCCCACGCCCACCUGGUCCGCCAAGUACUUCACCAACGGACCCGAGGAGGUCGUCGCCGUUACGGUGGACCCCAGGGGCAGCGUGAUGUACGUGGUGCAGCAGAAGUACUCGGAGCAGGCGUGGAAGGACAACGUGCAGACCAUCACCACCUUCAGUGUUCCUCAGUCGGCUCAGCCCGGCAUCACCCACGCCAUUCCCCGCCUCGAAGGCUCGAAGCUCAUCGCUCCCGUUCUGUUGAAUGGAACGCAGGUGCUGAUGUUUGGGCAGUACCCGUCCGACAGCAUGGUCAAGGUGUUCGCCUACGAUCUGGACGUCAGCAACGCCACCAUCGCCCUGCAGUCCGCCUGCCUUCUCCCUUCGGCCGACACCUGGUCUGGCGCCUCCAUCAGCGCCUGA